UGUUAGUCUGUUAAACCAGAAAUUGGAAGCCGACUAAAAAACCAGAAAUUGGUAACCCUAUAAUGGUUGAAUGGGGAAAGCGAUGGUAACUAUUACGACGGUCAGAUUCUCAGAAUUCGCCAUUAGACUCACUUCCGAGAAUCCAAUCAGACCCCACAGACCCACUCCUCAUCCUCCGCGGAACAAAGUCUUCGUCAAGAAGACGAGAGACACCACCACUCAACACCUCCUCGAUUACCCCAAUCUUGUUAAGCUGGAGAAGGCGGGAUCGCACUCGGGUUCCAAUCCCGCUCCUGCUUCGGGUUCGGAUCCUAUUAAUCGGGUUCCCCUUGCUCAGGUCGUCGAGGAUUGCGUCAGACGUUGGUUCCAGGAUACGCUCAAGGAUGCCAAAUCUGGUGACGUUGGUAUGCAGGUCUUGGUUGGUCAGAUGUACUGCAGCGGCUAUGGAAUCCCCAAAGAUGAACAAAAGGGUCGUGCUUGGAUUAGCAAAGCUUCAAGAACUCGAUCAUCAGCUUGGCAAGUGAGUAGUAAGCCUCCAGGUUAUAAUGCAAGCGAUUCAGAUUCCAAUGAUAAGAAAGAUUGAUGAUGACCUUUUUUCAAUGUUUGUAUUGCCAAGUGACUUUGAUUUGUUAGUUUCUCUCUCCCUGUUCUUUGUUUAAUACUUCUGUAUUCAAAAUUUGAAGCUUUGUAUCAUUCCGAUGGUCAAAAAGGGUUCUCAAGUUAAAUACCACACAAGUGAAGUUUUUCAA